CUGAAAUUCCAGGUAAACAAAGGCAACGCGGGCUGUUCAACAUCUUCAAAUAAUUCCGAUAUUUCUGUGGAUUAAUUGAGGUGACUUAACGGGGUCAGUUGUUUCGAUUGCGUGAAGUUUCGUGAAGUUUUUGAUCAUGGCUCAGCAGGCGCCAGCCCCGAAAAUUAAAGAUCUUCGACUACCAAUGUCGAGGGUGAAGACAAUUAUGAAGAGUUCGCCGCACGUUGAGUCCAUCGCACAGGAUGGGCUGUUCUUAGUCACAAAGGCCACUGAGAUGUUUAUUCACUUCAUGUCAGAGGAGGCCCACAAGCAAUCGAAGAAGAGCUCGAGUCUGGAUUACAAACACCUGGCGGAGGUGGUGCAGACGAACGAGACCCUGGAGUUCCUCAAGGAAAUAAUGCCGAGAAAAAUAACAGUGAAGCAGUUCAAACAACUGAUGGCUGAAAAAGAGGCUGCAGAGAGGUCCAGCUCAGACGAGAGUUCCACAGACUCUGACAGCGACAGCCAGAGUGACAGUGAGUCGAGCUCUGACAGUUCUAAGGACGAGGUCAUGGAUUCGGGGAGUGACAAGGAGAAGGAUGACAAGGAGAAUGGAAAGUCUGAGUCGAGUAAGAGUGAGUCCAGUGACGAGAGUGAGAGUGAUCAGUAGGGACUGGAACAAUUGCCUUUUCUAUGAUAACUGAAACUAAAAUUCUCUCUCCUCUUUUAAACGAUAUUUGUGCUUGGAGUGUGUGAACUAUUUAUUUCUGGAAAGAAAGAUGUCAAGCUGUGAGAGAAUAAACUGUUGGAAUUAUUCUUCA